AUGUCCUUAACAACAGGAUCGUUCUCGGCGCCUGCGCAGGUCCACACAUUUGAUGGUCUCCUUUCUGAUUUCGAUGGUACAAUUGUGGACUCGACUGAUGCGAUUGUAAAGCACUGGCACCAAAUUGGUGCCGAGCUCGGUGUCGACCCCAAGACUAUUCUCGCGACCUCGCAUGGCCGCCGCAGUAUCGAUACAAUGGGUCUAUACGACCAGACCAAGGCCAACUGGGACUAUGUCAAUGACAUCGAAGGCCGAAUCCCAAAACAAUAUGGCGCCGACGCCGUCGAGAUCCCUGGUGGUCGAGACCUCAUCGCAGCCCUCGAGACCUCCGGCGCAAAAUGGGGUGUUGUAACAUCCGGCACGCGCCCGCUGGUCGACGGCUGGCUGGAAGUGCUCAACCUCCCACACCCCAAGAACCUGGUGACAGCAAUGGACGUGCCGGUCGGCAAGCCCGACCCGCACUGCUACUUGCUAGGCAGGAAGCAGCUUGGCAUUGAAGAGUCAACCUCGAUUGUCGUACUCGAGGAUGCACCGUCGGGUAUUAAGGCUGGUAAGGCUGCUGGGUUCAAGGUUAUUGCGUUGACGACGACGCAUUCGCUGCAUCAGCUCCAGGAGGCUGGUGCGGAUUGGAUUGUGGAAGAUUUGAGGAGCAUUUCGGUCAAGGCGGUUGUUGAUGGCCAGGUGCAGAUUGAGAUCAAGAAUGCCUAUGUAUAG